AAUCUAAAUAAGAUAAAUAUAAACCAAACCAGACAUCAACAAUUAAAAAAAAAAAAAAAAAGAUGUCUCCCAGUUCUUAAGUUUAGAAUAACGAAACCGAGUCGGAGGAAAGAACAAGUCAACAAAUCACCAAAAGUCAACAUUUUCCCGCUGACAUUGGGCAACCGUCCCAACCCGAACGGCAGCCUCACCGGCUCACCCUCCAAAACUUCCACCAAGUUCGCACAUGUAACGAAUUUGGCACGUGCCAAACAAACAGUGAACACUGAUCGUCCUCAGAAAAAGACGGGGCCUGGCCUGGAAGAUAAAAAUAACCAAAGCUUAAAGAUCUUUUGAAUUCUGAGAGAUGUGGAGAAGGCUAGUGACUUCACACUUCAAAACCCUAGCCACCGUUCCAUGCCUAUCCACUUCUAAGACGCCAUCGCUGUCGCCGCUCAGUUUCAAGUCUCACGUUUCUCCAUUACCUUCCGCUUAUUUCCUUACUCGCCGCUUCUCUACUGGUUCAGCGGGUACUGCUGUGAAGAAGAGGGUUGAGGAUGUAAUGCCUAUCGCCACUGGUCAUGAGCGCGAGGAGCUUCAGGCUGAGCUUGAGGGAAAGAAAAUCCUUGAAGAUGUAAACAAUCCAGUCGGUCCUUUUGGCACAAAGGAAUCUCCUGCUGUCGUUAAGUCCUACUACAAUAAGAGAAUAGUUGGAUGCCCAGGAGGUGAAGGUGAGGAUGAACACGAUGUUGUCUGGUUUUGGCUGGAAAAAGGCAAACCACAUGAGUGCCCAGUUUGUUCACAGUAUUUUGUGUUGGAAGUUGUGGGCCCUGGAGGUCCUCCAGAUGGACAUGGUGACAAUUAUCAUUAUUAAUUGCAACCUCCAAUUUUUCUAUUGAAAUAAAGUUUUGGAGAACACGAUGGAAUGAUGUCCAGGCAUACAUACAAUGCACCUUCAAAUUUUCAAACAAAGGUUGUCUUGUUUUGUUUUAAUUAUUCCUUGGUUCUCAUGGGUAUUUGAGAUGGUACCUCUAUUUUUCUCCUGGUAAUUUAGACACAGGGUGGUCAUGAUUUUUAAAUAUGAAUCUUCUUAGGUUAACAUUCAUGCAUUGCCAAAUAAUCCAUGGCUACCUUUCCAUUCUUUCAUGAAACUUCCUGCUGUUGAGUUUUGAAGUAA